AUGCCAAACUACCUUCUUGCCCUUGCUAUUUCAAUCGGGAUAGUCUCACAUGCACGAAAGAAAAGGUCGUUAUCACCAGAUGGAGCAGCAGGUGCAUUCGUACUCGGCAUGGCAACUUGCACGUCGACCUACGCGUACUUCACCUUGAUCCUACUCGUUUUCUUCCUUGCAAGCUCGAAAUUGACCAAGUUUAAGGCUGAACGCAAAAAGCUGCUCGAGUCUGACUAUGAACAUGCCAGUGAAAGAACUCUUAUCCAAGUCGUUUGCAAUGGUUUGACGGGUGGUGUGCUUGCCGUGUUAUUCCAAGUCUAUUGUGAACCCUAUUUUGCAUGCUUUGAUACAUCAAGGAUGGCUACUGUUCUUUUGUGGGCUUACAUGGGACAUUAUGCAUGCUGUGCAGGGGAUACGUGGGCAAGUGAAUUGGGAAUUCUCAACAAGAGCUGGCCAGUUUCCAUCAUCCACUUGAAGCAGGUACCACCUGGCACCAAUGGCGGCGUAUCACCACUUGGAUUACUUGCAUCUUUGGCUGGUGGUGCAACAAUUGGCUUCACUGGUGCUAUUUCGAUGACUCUCCAACAACAAUGUCAUGGUGUGGCAUGGGAGUUUGUUGUGGUUGGUGCAUUGGCAGGAUUGGGAGGAUCAUUGGUUGACUCGGUGUUGGGUGCCACAGUUCAAAAGACAUUGUACUCCAAGAAACGAAGAAUGGUGGUAGCUGAAGGUGAAGACAAGGAUGCGGUUGCCAUUGGCAGUGGCUGGGAUAUUUUGGACAACCAUCAGGUCAACCUGGCAUCAUCUCUCGUCACAUCCUUUAUGUGCGGUGCAGCAGCUUAUUGGCUAUAUUAG